AUGCUUUUCGGUUCAGUUCGAUCGCCAUUGAGGUCUUCUUUUGUUCCCGCCGAGCUUCGCUACUCCCCCACUUAUACCGCUCAAUCUCGUCUCUUCCACCUUUCCAGCCGCUUACAGCAAGAGAAGCCUCAAACUGAACAAAAACCCUCAACUGCUGCACCCACCGACGCAAAAGAGAAGAAGCCUACUGACGCUGACGCCGAGUCUGGGGCUAAGCCCGAGGAGGAGCAAUCCAAGAAGACCGAGGAGGGUGAGAAUGCUGAAAAGGAAGGAAAGGAAGAGGGUGAGGGUGAGGGCAAGGAUAAAGACAAGAAGAAGGAGGAUGCCCCUCCCCCCCCUCCUCAUGGCGACAAGACCCCCUGGCAGGUAUUCAUGGAGACCAUGAACACUGAGUUCCAGAAGUCGCAAGAAUGGAACGAGUCGACGAAGCAGAUCGCUGCAUCUGCUAACCAAUUCGCUGAGAGCGAGGGUGUGCGACGUGCUCGCGAGGCCUACGAGAAGUCCACUGGCGCUGUUUCCUCGACUCUUGGAAAGGGUGCCAAGGUCACUGCCGGGGCCAUUGGCAAGGGUGCUUCUUGGACUUGGGAUACUUCAGUCGUCAAGGGUGUGCGCAAGGCCGCUAAUGUCACUGGAGAUGCCGUGGACAAGGCUACCCAGCCUAUCCGAAACACAGAGGCUUAUAAGAACGUCAAGGAUGUCAUUGACGACGGCAGCUCCUCACGAUACGGUGGCUGGGUUGAGAAGGAGGAGCGCAGGAAACGCCGGGAGGCACUCGACAAGCAGCGGGGUUACAAGGCGCCUCCACCUAUGGAAGAGGACAUUAACGCUGGUACCAGUGUUACUGUUCACAAGGAUGCGGCUUGGAAGGAGGCUUGGAGAGAUUUCCGCGACCAGAACAAGUAUGUGCAAGGACUUUUCAGCUUGAGGGGCAAGUAUGAGGAGUCUGAGAACCCUCUCGUAUCGACCGCUCGAAGUAUCACCGACCGCAUCGGAGGCUUCUUCGCCGAGAACGAGACUGCCAUGGUCAUCAAGAAGUUCAGAUCCAUGGACCCCAACUUCCAAACAGAGCCUUUCCUCCAGGAGCUUCGAGAGUACAUCCUUCCUGAGGUGUUGGAUGCUUACGUCAAGGGUGAUGCCGAGACACUGAAGCUGUGGCUUUCUGCCGCCCAGUACUCUGUAUACGAGGCCCUCACCAAGCAAUACCUACAGGCUGGCAUGAAAUCGGACGGAAAGAUUCUAGAUAUUCGAAAUGUCGACAUUCUAAGAGCCCGCAUGCUCGACCCUGGUGAGGUUCCUGUCUUCAUCAUCACCUGCCGCACGCAAGAGGUUCACGUCUACCGCAAUGCCAAGACGAAUGAGCUUGCUGCCGGUAUGGAGGACAAGGUCCAGCUGGUGACUUAUGCCAUCGGUAUCACACGAGUACCAGAAGAUGUCAACAAUCCUGAGACAAGGGGCUGGCGUCUGAUUGAGAUGCAAAAGAGUGGACGAGACUGGUACUAA